AGAGAGGGGGAGACACAGAAUCCGAAGCAGGCUCCAGGCUCUGAGCGGUUAGCACAGAGCCUGGCGCGGGGCUCGAACUCACAAACCGUGAGAUCAUGACCUGAGCCGAAGUUGGAUGCUUAACCGACUGAGCCACUCAGGUGCCCCUACAUAUUCUUUAUACAUUCAUCCAUUGAUGAAUACUUGGGUUGCUUCCAUACCUUGGCUGUUGUAAAUAUUGCUGCAGUAAACAUAGAGGUGCAUAUAUCUUUUCAAAUUAGUGUUUUCAUUUUCUGCAGCUAAAUAUCAGGUAGCAGAAUUACUAGAUGGUAUAGUGUUUCUAUUUUUAAUUUUUGAAGAACCUGCAUACUGUUUUCCACAAUGCCUGCACCAAUUUACAUUCCCACCAACAGUGCAGGAGAGUUCCUUUUUCUUCACUUCCUUGCCAACACUUUUAUUUCUUGUGUUUUUGAAACUAGCCAUUCUGAGGGGUGUGAAGUGAUCUCCUUGUGGUUUUGAUUUGCAUUUCCUUGGUGAUUAUUGAUUUUGAGGAUCUUUUUAUAUGUCUGUUGGCCAUCUGUGUGUUGUCUUUAAAAAAAAAUGGGAGUUCAGGUCCUCUGCCCAUUUUUUAAUCAGAUUGUUUUUUGGUUAUUGAAGUAUGAUUAACAUACAAUGUUAUAUUAGUUUCAGGUGUAUAACAUAAUGAUUCAACAGCUUUAUACAUUACUCAGUGCUCAUCACAAUCAGCAUACUCACCAUCUCUCACCAAACAAUAUUAUCACAAUAUUAUUGGCUAUAUUCUUAUGUUGUACUUUUUGUUUCCAUGACUUAUUUUAUCACUGGAAGUUUGUACCUCUUAAUUCCCUUUAUUUCACUCAUCGCCCUACUGUCCUCUGGCAACCAUCAGUUUCUUCUUUGUAUUUAAGGGUCUGGUGUUUUGCUCAUUCAUUUGUUUUUUAGGUUCCACAUGUAAGUGAAAUCAUAUGGUGAUUGUCUCUCUCUGUCUGACUUAUUUCACUUAGCCUAAUACCUUCUAGUUCCAUUCAUGUUGUUGCAAAGGGCAAGACUACAUUCUUCUUUAUGGCUGAGUAGUAUUCAAUUGUUUAUAUAAACCACCUCUUUAUCCAUUCAUCUGUCAAUGAACAGUUGGGUUGCUUCCAUAUCUUGGCUAUUAUAAAAUAAUACUGCAAUAAACAUAGGGAUGCAUAUAUUUUUUGAAUUCAUGUUUUUGUUUUCUUUGAGCAAAUACCCAGUAGUGGAAUUACUGAAUCAUAUGGUAUUUCUGUUUUUAAUUUUUGAGGAACCUGCAUAGUGCUUUCCACAGUGGUUGCACCAACUUACAUUCCUACCAACAGUGAAUGAGGGAUUCUUUUUCUCCACAUCCUUGCCAACACUUGUUCGUGUCUUUUUGAUUCUAGCCAUUUAUAUAUGUGUAAGAGACCAGAAUUGAGUGGAAUGCUAUCUUAAACAAGUCAAAAAUCUGUUAUAACCUUUACAUAUACUACUUAAAUGAAGAAAGGUAAAACACCCCACAAAAUUCCAACUGAUAAUCACCCUAUUCAGACACUGAUGAAUAUGUCCCUCAGUCCAAGCCGACCUUCUUCAUCAGAGUUGGUGGAGCUUCAUGUUUUCUAUGUCCCUGAAGGAUCAUGGAACUAUAAGCUAAAUACCAUUUCAAUAGAAGUUGUUAACAAAUUCAUUUCAGCUGGAUUUAUAAGAGUAUCUCCUCACCUUACUUUACAAGCCCUGAGAGAGCGUCUCAGUGAGUUCCUUGGUGAAGAUGCUGUUGCAGAAAAAUUUUUAUUUCUGAAAUGCAUUGGAAAUAAUCUAGCUGUGGUGAAGGCAAAGCAAGAAUCAGAACUGAAACUCAAGUCAUUUGUUCCUCCAUAUGCUCUUCAGCCAGAAUUAUAUUUGCUUCCUAUAAUGGAUCACUUAGGAAAUAUUUAUUCAGCAUCAACAGUUUCUUUAGAUGAGCGGCAGACUAAUACCGGUGUUGCUGAGGCUGAUGGAAUAAUCCACAGACCAGUUAGUGUAACUUUGGUGAAGGAAGAACCUGGAACAGAUCCCAGUUUUUUAGUAAACACUUUGAAAGAGCUUCUUAACAAGAAUCGAGAAGAAGCAGAGGGAAAAGCCACUCCAAAAGAAAACCAAACUGGAAAAAAUCAAAUUGGAAAUUCUGAAGUGCCAGGAUCAUCAGAAGAAUCAAAUAGUGAUUUAAGAAACAAAAAAAGUCUGUUUCUUUGGAAAAAUGAAGAUGAUAGAGUUAAUACCAUUAGAACAGAGAACAAUCAGAUAGGUAAGAAAGAGUGCAUCACCCUACCAGAUCUUAUUGAUUUUCCUUCACUUCCUUGUCAACCUGCUCUUUCUCCAGUAAUAACUGAUAUCUCUUUAUUACAGAUUGAAAGAGAGAAGAUUAUUGAACAACUGAAACAAGUAAAGAAAGAAAGAAGAUAUCUGGAAAGAAUUAGAGAAGAACUAAUUAAAAAAGUUGAAAAACUAUUUGAACAAAGCAAGUUGAAGCAAUGUCACGCCUGUGAUGACUGGAAGAAAAAAUACUUUGAAACAAAGAAAAUCACAGCAUCAUUGGAGGAGGUUUUAACAAAACUUCGAGAAGAUUUAGAACUUUACUAUAAAAAACUGCUCAUGCAGCUUGAAGCCAGGGACAUUAAGAUGAGACCAAAGAAUUUGGCAAACAUCACAGACUCUAAGAAUUACCUUAUAAUCCAGAUCACUGAGGUACAGCAUGCUAUUGACCAACUUAAGAGAAAACUGGAUACUGACACAAUGAAACUCAUAAUGGAAGCUAAGGUGAGAAAACAAGCAGUUUCAGAUUUACGUAUGCUGAAAACUGAACUGGCACAGAAAAAAAUAACACAUCUGUACAGCCUCAAUUGGUUCCUGGAAAUGUACCUAAUUAAGAACUCAGCAGAUGACUUCAUCUGUGAUGAAUCAGUCAUAUCAAAAGGUUCAGGGAUGAAUCCAAAGACACAUAUCUCUUUGCCAUUAUUUAGGAGCAUUGGCUGCUGCAAUACAUUCUGACAAGGCUGGACUUUGUUCAUCAUAAGACAUCACAAAGAGAAAGUCACAAGCAUCUGCAAUUCCAGUGUAAUUAUAGCACCUGUCUUUGCACUUUGGAGACCAAGUUACAUCAAAGGUUACCUGUGGAAAAACACGUACCAUUUUAUGUAACAUGAUCAAAUAUGCUUAUUAUGUCAGUUUUUUAUUAUAUAUAUUUGCUUCAUACUACCCAAGAAAAAAAGAUCUAUUUACAUAUAUGAACAUAGGGUUCUAUAUGCUUAUAGAAGAAGAACAGUUCUAAGAUAUUUUUUCCCUGAUGGGUUAACCCAGACAUAUAUUUGGACAGAUACAAUGACCAGGAGCAGGGCACUGUGUAGAAGAGGAAUUUUAAAUGUCUUUAGAGGCUAGACUGGUACCUCAACUGAUUGAAAGAAAUAGACGUAAUGACAAUAGGGUGUAGGUGGGUCACUAAGCAACUAAAGAGUAAGCACAACUAAAAUAAUUCAAGUACAAAAGUUGUUAAAAAUAUUGUGUGGGCUAGAUAGGUCAUCUCUUGGUACAAGUUGACUGUCCUGGGUUGGGAGUCUAAUAUUCAAUUAUGUUACAUGAUAGGUUUAAUCCAACAUUACAGUUAAAGAAAGUGGUUUAUGGCUGUAGGGAUAAACUAAUCAACUCAAAAUGUUGAACAAAUCACUUAAAUGUUAUUUUAUGGGAAUAUUCAAAUAAAACCUGAAUGAUGAA